AUGCUGCUGCUGGCGUUAGCACGGUCUCGUGGCUCCCUUGCGCAUGGAUGGCCCAGCGCAGGACGGUUGUGGGCCCUUCGUACCGCGUCGUUACGUACAGGGACGGUCGCCUUCGCCGAUCCACGAACGGUGCGUCUCUCUACGGCGUACCAAGGCCGUACGUCCGUGGCGCAGAUCCUGAAUGACGCAUGCUCCAACGAGGCCGGCGCCUACGUCGUUGCGCGUGAUGACCAGGGUCGGCCUGUAUCGCUUGGUGCGACGUUAGAGCAGCUGCCGUCUACAUUGACGUUCUUGCCGUUCGAGUCAGACGACAAGUUGGCGCAGCAUACGUUCUGGCUCUCCUCUGCCUACGUCUUGGUCGCCGCGCUGCAGCAGGUAUGUGGUACUACCGCUUGUGCUGCGCCAAGCGUAACAGAGAGCGUAGGUACGUUGGCCGAUGGCACAUCCGGGUUCGCUGUGGAAUGUCUGCGCUGUGAAUCGUUGGCACCUGUGCCUUGCAGCGCCGAUCUCGUCGAGGCACGUCGGCAUGUCCAAGAGGCGCUGACGCGUCUCGUGGAUCACACUCGUACGCAUGGACCGCCCAAGCUUUCGUCGGAAGAGAUGAGUGCCGUUGAGCAAUGCAUGAAGCAGCUGUGCACGAAAUCGCGCGAAUUGCGUGUCGAGACCAUGGCAUGGCCGGACGCGUUCCAGCGCUUGGCGCACCAUCCCUUUGCCCUUCGUACGGUGGUGGAACGCGCCGAGCAAGGUCAGGCGGUGGAUGUCGUCUACGUAGGCGAGACUGCUGUCGGUGUCCUGCCGAAGGACGCUACGCUCUUGCGUCGUACCAAACCGAUCAAGGCCAUCAAGCUGCUGGGCUGGUCGACGGCCUCGCUGCCUGCCUACCUGGCCAAAGACGCUACCCAGCCCCUCCUUCGCUUGCGUGGCAUUGCAUUCCCGUCCUCGUCCGAGCUGCAGCAGUACACAGCACGCGUCGCGGAGUCGGAAAAGUCGGAUCAUCGCUUCAUCGGGACGCAGCAAAGUCUGUUUUUCGCACAUGACUCGUCACCGGGCAGUCCGUUUGUGAUGCCGCAUGGUAUGCGACUGCAGCGGCGUGUCGAGCGCGUAAUUCGGGAUUUGUACGAUGCGUUUGGGUACGAAGAAGUGCAAUCGCCGCAACUGUACCGCAGCGCAUUGUGGAAGCAGAGUGGGCAUUGGGACAAGUACCGCGACGACAUGUUUAGUGCGCAAGGGUUUGCGUGCUGCGAUGCGCACGACGACGUGUUUGGGCUCAAGCCUAUGAACUGUCCAGGCCACUGUGUCAUGUUUGCGCAUCAGCCGCGCUCGUACCGCGAACUGCCGAUGCGACUGGCCGAGUUCAGCCCGCUGCAUCGCAAUGAGGCGUCGGGUGCGUUGACAGGCCUCACACGCGUUCGGCGCUUCCAUCAGGACGAUGCGCAUGUGUUUUGCACAGCGAGUCAGGUCGGGCAGGAGAUCCACUCGAUGCUGCAUAUGCUAUCGCUGGCGUACCGCGUCUUUGGCUUUGGCGACCGAUUUGAAUUGGUAUUGUCGACGCGCCCAGAAAACUACUUGGGCCAGAUCGAUGUAUGGGAGCAUGCAGAGGCUAGCUUGAAGCAGGCCUUGGAUGCGACAGGCAAGCCAUGGUCGCUCAACGAGGGCGAUGGCGCCUUUUACGGCCCCAAAAUUGAUAUCCGACUGGUGGAUGCGAUGGGCCGCAAGCACCAAACAGCGACGAUCCAGCUGGAUUUCCAGCUGCCGGAGCGAUUCCAGCUCGAGUAUGCCCAGGCAGCCAACGAGCCGACCAACGUGCAAAUCCGGCCAGGGUAUGCACGCCCGGUGAUGAUUCACCGUGCGAUUCUAGGCAGUUUCGAGCGAUUCAUGGCCAUUCUCAUCGAGCAGUGCAAAGGUUGGUGGCCCUUCUGGUUGAAUCCUCGUCAGGCUGUGGUGAUCCCUGCCUUUAGCGGCGAUGCUGCUAUGCACGAUUCGGUCGUGGCUUACGCGCAGCACGUCCAGCAUGUCCUUGCUGGCUCGCCCUUCGACGCUCACGAAGCACGCAACCCCUUCUUGUCGGCGCGCAUGGCGCAUCACACGUUGGAAGUGCCCCCGCGAGCGCGUUUCCAUGUAGAGUUGCCGCCUCACUACCUGUCUCCGACCGGCGAUACCCUCGGCAAAAAGGUGCGGCACUCGCAACUAAGCCGCUACAACUUCCUGCUGAUUGUCGGCCCCCACGAAGCACAGACGGGCACGGUCAACGUGCGUCUGCGGGACGAAAAGGCGGCGCCCGCGUGGCAUGCAGGCUCAGACGCCGCGGAAACGACGCCGUGCAAGGUGCAAGAUAUGAUCGGGGCCGUGGUACGUGCGACGUUCCCCGACCGCUUCCCGCCAGAUACGCCCUUGUCGAUCGACUUGGGCGCGUGGACGUUGCCGGACGUGCAGCGUCUGUUUAGAGUCUUGGACGCUUUGCACGUGUAA